CCGUACACCUGCUCUGAAUGUGGGAAGAGAUUUACUGAGUCGUUUAACUUACUGGUACACCAACGAGUUCACACUGGGGAGAGACCGUUCACUUGCUCUGAACGUGGGAAAGGAUUCACUCAGUCUUCUAACCUACUGACACACCAGCAGGUUCACAGUGGGGAGAGACCGUUCGUUUGCUCUGAAUGUGGGAAGGGAUUUAAUCGGUCAACCAUGUUACUGGCACACCAGCGAAGUCACACGGGAGAGAGACCAUUCACCUGCUCUGAAUGUGGGAAGGGAUUCACUCAGUCAACUCAUUUGAUGAGACACCAACGAGAUCACACUGGGGAGAGGCCGUUCACCUGCUCUGAGUGUGGGAAGGGAUUCACUCAGUCAUCGAGCCUUGUGACCCACUACCGAGUUCACACUCGGGAUUGUGUUUAA